AAAAUCAGAGAGCAGCCGGCUUACAACACACUCCGGCAUUACAUUCGCUGAACAACAAGCUAAGCGAAAAUGAAGCUAUUGAGGGCAUCCUUAUUCCUGGCCGUGGCAAUAAGCCUGGCUUCGGCAGAGGAAAAGGCUGAGGAGACCAAGGCUUUAGAGUCAAAGAAGCAGGACAAGAGAGGUCUGUCAGAGUACUACGGCGAUUUCGACGGCGGUCAUGGAGGACAUGGGGACUUCGGCCACGGACAUGAAGAGCACGUGAAGACCAUCACUGUUGUCAAAAAAGUGCCUGUGCCGUACCCCGUGGAGAAGCAUAUCCCUGUACCCGUAGAGAAACACGUCCCAGUACCUGUGAAGGUCCCGGUCCCCCACCCCUACCCAGUCGUGAAGACCGUACACUUCCCAGUCAAGGAGUACAUCAAGGUGCCAGAAUACAUCCCCAAGCCCUACCCAGUCACCAAACACGUGCCAGUUCCCGUAAAAGUACACGUGGACAACCCUGUCCCGGUGAAAGUUUACGAGCAUGUGCCAAUUCCAGUGGAGAAGCACAUCCCUGUGCCCGUGAAGGUGCCAAUCCCCCACCCCUACCCCGUUGAGAAACAUGUUCCUGUACCAGUGAAGAUACCCGUCAAGGUGCACGUUCCAUACCCUGUUGAGAAGAUCAUCCACUACCCAGUCAAGGUACCAGUCGACCACCCAGUACCAGUGCACGUCGACAAGCCAAUCCCGGUUCCAGUAGAGAAGCCAGUGCCUUACCCGGUUGAGAAGGAAGUACCAUACCCGGUCAAGGUACCCUACGAUAACCCAGUGCCAGUGCAUGUUGAGAAACCGGUGCCGUACCCAGUUAAGGUGCCCGUGCCAGCGCCGUACCCGGUUGAGAAAGUGAUCCCCUACCCGGUUGAGAAGAACGUCCCCAUCCCGGUGAAGAUCCCGGUCGACAGGCCCUACCCCGUGCAUAUUGAGAAGCAUGUGCCGCAUUAUGUGGAAAAGCACGUUCCAUACACAGUGAAGGUGGCAGUGCCCGUGAUCCAACACGAGCAUCAUCACGAAGGCCAUCACCACGAGGUGCACGAGGCCAUCGACGAAGGCCACGGCGGCUCCGAGGGAGGCUACGACGAACACCACCACCAUUAAAGAACUGAUCUCUUCGUAUCCUUUAGCUUUAAAAUGUUAUCUUGUGUUUAGUAUUGUUUUACACACGACUGUCGUGAGUUACUAUGUAAAUAUUAAUUAUAAAAAUUGUGAUAAUUUA